AUGGCGACGCGCGGUGUGGCGUGCGGCGUGCGCGUCGCGUCGACGCGUCGUCGAACGACCGCGCGCGCGCGCGCACGGAUGAUGAUUGACACGAGUCAACAAUCGACAAAGAAUCAAAUAAUCACCCGCUCGAGCGUCGACGGCGCCUCGAACGACGCACCGCGCGUGUGCGUCGUCGGAACGACGUCGUGUCCGCACUGUAAGCGCGCGAAAGCGGCGUUGGAGGCGAAGAAUAUUGCGUACGAGGAGAUCUCGGUGGACGGCGACGGCGACUUGCGAGCCGUGAGCAGCGCGCUCGCCGGGUUUCGCUCGGUCCCGCAGGUUUACGUCGGCGGUGUGAUCUACGGUGGUGCGGACGACACGUGUGAUGGGUUGAAGUCGGGGGAGUUCGAGAGGUUGGUCAGAGAGGCGGAGAUCGAAGCGAGGGGCGGGGCGCCCGGAAAGCUUCGGGACGCCGCGGACGCGCGCACCGCGGGACGCGAGUUACCGGAACCGGUUCCACCGGCGCCGGCGGCGAGAUCGUCGUGGUUAACGCAGUUGGUGAAGGAGAGUGAAACGAGUUCGUCGGGGAAGACGAGCGCGAAAGAGGUGGCGAACGAGAUGGCGAAAGAGGACGGCGGCGUGACGCGGUCGACGAGAAGACGAUUUGGAGGUCUCUCGAGCGGGCCGUUCGGAUUGGUGAAGACGCAUGUCGGGACGUUCACGCCACGAGAGGCGGUGGAUUGGAUGAUCGCGAACAAAAAAGCGGAGACGACGGAGGAUGCCGUACGUUUGGGGGAAGAGAUGGUGCUCGAGAGAUUGAUUCAAGACGUGGACGCAGCGGCACCCUUUGUGCUCGACGGAGACGCGCUGUUUCGAUUUCGCUCCGAAGCGCCAUCUCUCGGGUGCGCGCCGCUCAAUUGCGCUAAGCUCUACGUCGGCGAAUCCAGGGACGCCAAGAGCGUAGUUGAAGACGUUCGAAAUCGCAUUUUAAAGCUGUACGAUGAGUUUCUCUCCGCCGACGGACGAGCUGUGGAUUACGCCGGGUUGCGCGCGAGCGCGGGGUUCAAAGAUUUCGUCGAAUCUUCCGAGGAGUUGCAGCGAGUGAACCUCAACGCGCUCUCGCGCGAGGAGCGCAUCGCGUUCUUCAUCAACGUCUAUAAUGCCCUCGUGAUCCAUGCCACGUGCGUGUUCGGCGCUCCAAAGAAUACGAUUGAGCGCUUAGACUUCUUCUCCAAGGCGUCAUAUGACAUCGGCGGGUCGACGUACACGUGUGAUGACAUCGAGAAUGGGAUCUUACGCGGGAACCGACCCGGAGCAGCGACGAUCGGUGCGCUCACCGGACGUCCGUCGCUCUCGCGCGGGCCAUUCCGCGCGGGCGAUCCGCGGAGGAACCACGUGGUGAUUCCGAUGGAUCCUCGAAUCCACUUUGCCCUCGUGUGUGGCGCUCGUUCGUGUCCGCCUAUCCGCGUGUACACCGCCGCAGACAUUGAACGCGAGCUUGAGGACGCGACUUACGCGUUCUUUGAGUCCGAGAUCGACAUCAAGCGCGGUGAAGACGGCGAGGUGGCUUCGGCGGCGGUGAGUAAAAUCGUUGGCGAGUGGUACAAAUUCGACUUUGGUUCGACCGACGUCGAGCGCCUCAAGUACGCGUCCAAGUAUAUGAAAAGCGGCGACGAUCGAGACGCGCUGAUUCGAGCGCUUGAACGCUCUAACGCAACGAACGUCAAGCUCACGACGCGCGCGUACGACUGGACACUCAACGACGGUAAAUGA